AUGAGGCCUGCACUGAUUUCGAGAGCCUAUCCGGCUACAAGGACUUCACUAUGGAGCUCUGCCGGCCGGGUCUACCAACCUUCUAGCUCGGGAUGGAGAGCUGCUCCACUUGGACGAAUCUCACCAGUCUGCCGACGUUCAAUGUCGUCCAUACGGUCAGGGCAUAUUAAACUCGACCAGAACGAAGGAAUUCUCUACGUAAACAACAUCUUCCCGCAACGCUUGCAAUGGUUGCUGCGGGGUCCACUCAGUAACAUACAGCCUCUCGAGGGUAUCUUGAGAAGAAUCAACAAUCCAGAUCUCGCGGCCUCCGAUCCAACAACCAUUGCACAGCGUGCUUUACCAACUAGCCUUGGUCUAGAAAUCAAAGAAGUGGUUCCACGAUACAAAGAAGGGGGUGCAUUCAUCAAAUACGCCCGAAAACCUGAUAUGAACGAUGAAGAUAUUAGAGCAGCGGUGCAAGACCAUCUGAGCAAGAAUCCGAUAAAGCCUUGGUACAAUCCAUUCCAGAGCGCGGAAGUAGACCUGGUACAAGGAAGACCUUGGAUUGAAGACUUGGCAAGGAUCCCUAGCCAAUCCUUGAAGGUCGAAUUCUUGCCAGACUCUACAGAGGGCCGGGCUGUUGAAUUGACACAGGAAGCUCUGUACACCCUGUUCCGCCCGUUUGGAAAACUGCUGGAUAUCCACCCUCAACCCAGUGAUUCCAAGGUUGAGCCGAGAUAUGCCACACUGCGCUUCAGCCGACCCCGAUUCGCGGUGAUGGCAAGAAAUUGUAUGCACGGGUAUGUGGUACGCGAGGCAGAAGGAGGUGGCAAGACUGGAACCCGCUUCAAGAUCAACUACGAGCGGAAGAUCAAACUGUCUAUGAUCAAAGAUUGGAUUGUCAACCACCCUCGUAUCGUGAUCCCUGCUAUAGCAGCCUUGGUGGCGGCCAUCACAGUUAUAAUUUUCGAUCCUGUCCGCACAUUUUUUAUUAAGGUCAAGGUCAAAUCUUCGCUUCAUACAGAAGACAAUCCAGUCAUCCAAUGGGUUCGCAGACAAGUCAGCAAAGCCAAUAGGAUGUACUUUGGAGACCGCCGAACGGACCCACGAGGUUUGGCCGCCAUCUGGGAAGACCGUCAGAAUGAUAUCUCACAGCUGCAAGCGUGGUUAACAGAGACCGUGGAAACCUUCAUUGUUAUACACGGACCACGCGGCUCUGGAAAGCGAGAAUUGGUUCUGGACCAAGCUCUGAAAGACCACAAAUACAAGGUCAUCAUUGACUGUAAGCAGCUACAGGAUGCUCGAGGCGACACUGCCAAGAUCUCUCGAGCCGCAGCUCAAGUGGGCUACCGACCCAUCUUCUCCUGGAUGAACAGCAUCAGCAGUUUUAUCGACUUGGCUGCACAGGGAAUGAUUGGUACCAAGGCCGGGUUCAGUGAGACCUUGGACGCGCAACUCAGCAAGAUCUGGCAAAACACGGCUGUCGCUAUGAAGCGGGUAGCGCUUGAGGGUCGAAGUAAGGAAGACAAGGAUGCAAACAUGAGCGACGACGAAUACCUCGAGGCACACCCCGAGAAAAGACCUGUCGUGGUCAUUGACAAUUUUGUGUAUGACUCUGAGGGUGAUAUUGUUCUUGACAAGCUCACCGAGUGGGCGGCUGGCUUGACAACAGCGAACAUUGCACAUGUCAUCUUCCUCACCACGGACUCGUCGUUCUCGAAGCCUUUGAGCAAGGCCCUUCCGAAUCAGGUCUUCCGUACUAUUGGUCUAGGUGACUGUUCCCUUGAGGUGGGUCGUCGCUUUGUAUUGAGCCACCUUGAUACGGAAGCAGAUGGCGGUGCCGAUGGUCAGAAAGAAAAGCCGACACGGAAUCUGGCUGGCUUAGACGACUGUAUCAAGGUAUUGGGCGGUCGUAUUACCGACCUUGAAUUCAUGGCACAUCGAAUCGAGGCUGGAGAAACUCCUCAAGCGGCUGUGGACCGUAUCAUCGAUCAGUCAGCUUCAGAAAUCAUGAAGAUCUUCAUUUUGGGAACCGAUACCGUCACCCCUCAAUGGACUCGUGAACAAGCCUGGCACUUGAUCAAAUCGCUUGCCCACGCCAAGGAUGGUUCCCUCCUCUACAACAAGGUCCUGCUCUCAGACCUGUUCAAAGACAACGGCGAGGCUACACUCCGAGCCUUGGAGCAAGCCGAACUUAUCUCCGUCGGUUCUGUUAAGGGUUUCCCCCGAUGGAUCAAACCCGGCAAGCCCGUCUACCAAGCUGCCUUCCAGCGACUCAUUGAGAACAAGACACUCGAGGGCCGACUCGAUCUUAUGAUCCUCGGACAGCUAAUUGGCCAGGAGAACAAGAGCAUCAGCAAAUACGAGCAGGAGCUCCAGGUGCUGGGAUCACUACCUAAACAUCCUCAUGAGCUGACGUCGCGUAUCGAAUGGCUUCUACGCAAGAUCCAGGGCUCACAGUCUAAGAUUCUCAAAUACGAGCAUGAUAGCGCAGCUCUGACCAAGAUGUUGCAGAGCGAGAAAUAG